AUGAGAAAACAAGUAGAUGAGUUGGAAAAAGCCUUCAAGAGAGGGAAAGAGGCUGAGGUCACCAGUGAUCUAGUUGACACAGAUAUUGAUGAGUCAACGUUAACAAGACAACCCAGAAAAACAUAUAAGAAGGUGAUAGAAAGUAGUGGAAGUGAAGAAGAGAGAUACUCUAGACCCCCAAAAAUAAAAAUUAAAAAGCUGUCAGGUGCAGUAGAAACAAAACAUCCAAAUUAUGGUUUGAAGUCUGUGUCUGGUCAAAAGCUUGUGCUACCAGUUCAACAGUCAUCUGGGCAAAGCCAGCACAACACACAACAUUUGGAUGAGUUCUCACAAUCAUCAUCGAGUCAAAAUUAUAGUUUGAAGUCUGUGUCUGGUCGAAAGCUUGUGCUACCAGUUCAGCAGUCAUCUGAGCAAAGCCAGUACAAUACACAACAUUUGGAUGAGUUUUCACAACCAUCAUUAAGCUUUUGUGCGCCAUCUCCAGGCAACAAUUCAGUUUCAGAGUCAGCUAUCAAGACAUUGGUUUCAAUGGUAAACCAAGUGAAAGAACAAAACAAAUUGGUCAUUGGUAAAUUAGAUGAAAUUCAGAAUACCCUUUUCAAUAAACAGGGAGCUCCAGCUCAAGCUCAAGAUAUAAAAGACUCCUUUCCAGUGCAACUUCCACUGAAAAAUAUUCAACAGUUGAACAUAUUUGAGGAGCAUACAAAUCAGAAAGAGAACCUCAAUUUACUGGUAACACAUUUGGGCUCACUGGGGGGUAAAAACAUUAAAUUGAGGAUCCAUAAAGUGUUGAGAGAAUUACUGACAGAUGAUUUAGCAUCAAACUUCAGCUAUUAUGGAAAGCGAUCGAAGGAACCAUUUUAUGAGCUAAAUAUUAAUAAAGCUUUGUUAAGAGCAGUCAAGUCUGAAGAGUCUACAAUAAGUGAUGUUGAAGACACAAUAAAACUUUGGAUUAAACAUGCACCAGACAGGAUGAGGGCGAGAAAUAAGACACAAUGAGAUGCAAUCAGAGGAAUAUCACUUAGUACUUGGAUUUAAGUUUUAUUUACCGAUAUUUUUGAAAAGGUCAUGUUUGUGUUGGCUCAUAUCCAUUACUAGAUACUGAUAUUUUUCUCAAUUUUCUUCGAAUUCAAUUUUAAUUUGAAAAAUAAUGUAUAAAAGAAAGCAUCUGAAGGCAAAUGUGGGGAGGAGACAAUUUUAU